UCGGAAGGUUACGUAAUGUGCAGAACGGCCGGGCCGGGCAAGCGUGAUGCUCAGGGUCCAGCCCCCCUUCCCAUUCUGGGUCAGGGAGGAGGGGUGUGCCGGCCUGAGCCUUACGCAGUGUCUAGGGUUCGAAAGGAGGGGACAAAAGACAGGGUGGCCGUGUGCUGGAGGCCAGUGCCGGCGGGCUCCGGUGGGCAGAAUCAGAGGCCCGGCCGUGGGGGCGGGGCCCGGGCUGGCACAGGAACCCGCACGCGGCUGCACGGCCGCACAGGUGGUGGGAGGCGGAGGGCUUCCUCGGAGCGAGGGCCCGAGGCCGCAGGCGAGCUCCGGGCACGGGCACCGCCACGGUCACGGCUGCGGUCAAGGCUCCAGCUCCCGGCGGCCUUGCAGCGGAGGGGACGCCGGAGCCCGGAGCCCCGGCCUGUCCAGCCCCGCGCCUGCAGGGCCACCUGCCGACCUCAGAGAGCCCGGACCAGAGUAGGUGCUCAUGAAACGCUCAAACGCUGGACGCAUGAGCGGAACCGGUCUGGAGCCCGGCCUUGGAGGAGCAGAUGUGCCGCAGGGGGUGGGGUCGGCGGGCAGGAGGGGCGCGUCGUCCUGGCUCUGAGAGGUCCCUCAGCAGCGUUACAGACAAUAGCCAGUUUGUGGAAGGAGCCCACAGUGCCUGUCGACAGAUGAGUGGAUAAAGAUGUGGUGUACAUACGAUGGAAUCUUAGCCUUAAGAAAGAAUGGGGUCUUGCCAUCCGCGACAACAUGGGUGGAUCUAGAGAGUCUAAUACUAAAUGAAAUGCUCCAGGCAGAGAAAGACAAAUCCCAUAUGAUUUCACUCAUGUGGAACUUAAGAAAGAAAACGAAGAAAAAGACAAGAAGAACCAGACUCUUAAGUACAGAGAACACACUGAUGGCUGCCCGAGGGGCGGGGGAAAGAGGGAGCAGGUGGUGGGAAGGAAGGGAACCUGUAUCACGAUGCACAGAGUGGUGAGU